AUGGCUUGUGAAGUUUUGCCAAAACCUCAGAUGCGUGGCCUUCUGGCCAGGCAUCUGUGAUUUCAUAUGUUUGAAGUUAUGGUAUCCCUGGGGGCUGCAGCUUUCUAUACGUUUGCUGUAGCUGAACCGAGAAAGAAGGCAUACGCAGAUUUCUACAGAAAUUAUGAUUCCACGAAAGAUUUUGAGGAGAUGAGGAAGGCUGAUAUUUUGAACCCCCGCCCUCCCUGGACCUGGGUAUAA